AUGCCCGGAGCCGCUCCGCUGGGACGAGCCACUCCGACCCCCGCUGCCACCGCCACUCCCGCCGCCACCGCCACCCCCGUCCCCACCGCCACCGCCCCCACCGGUACCCUCGCCCCCGCCUCCUCCGCUACCGCCUCCGCCGCCACCUCCGCCUCCACCGCCUCCACCAGUACCUCCACUCCCGCCACCACCUCCACCGCCACCCCCACUCCCCCCGCCACCCCCACCUCCUCCGCCACUGCCUCCUCUAGCUCCACCCGCUCCCUUGCCCCCCUUGCCCUUGCCAGAGCGGCCCGCAAGUAG